AUAUUUUUUCUCACUUGCUAUUACGCUUUACAUUGAAGUUACCAUCUUUUGAGCUUCUCAACUCUGUGACUCACUGCCUCCAUCAUGCUUUGCCUCCGAACCAAACCUGAGAGAGGGUGCACAAUCUGGAGGUCAUACUUCUUUGUCUGAAGUGACACUUGUUCGGGCAAUUUCCUAGUAUUUUGUUUCAGUGUGUCAUUCACUUCUACUCUUUCGUUUCAUUCAGCAAAAUAAAAAAACAGUAAUGGCUCAACAGGAAGAAGGGUGGCCUUUGGGAUUGAGAUUCUUGAACUCUAGAAUUGGGUUGGUGAGAAAUGGUUCUGGGUCUGCCUCCUUCAGCACUGUGCUCACUGCUUCUCACACCCCUUCAAUUGAUUUUUCCUCAGAUCUUGACACCGAGUCCACUGGAUCAUUCUUCCAUGACAAGAGCAUUACACUUGGCAACCUCAUUGGCAUUUCUAACUUCUUAGAACUCUCAAGGAGAUCAACUAGGGGAAGAAUGGUGGAACCCUCAAUGAACAACAAAAAGAUUCAUAAGCUGAAGCCUUGGUUGUUUUCACUUUGUUCAAGGCUAAGUACUGAUGCAGUGAGUGGGAAUGAUGCUCCCUCUCUUGCUCACUACCUUGAAGCUGAGAGAAGAGCUGCAAGUACUUUCAGAAGGAACCAAAACCAAUAUCCAACCACUCAUGGACACAAUGGUUUCUCCCCUAUUCAAGACUCAACCUCACUAUUAGUGGGGAGCCAAAUUGGCCAUUGGUCAUCUGCUUCAUUGGAAGAGUGAUGAAUAUGGAACACCAAUAGUUUUCUCCCGUCUUAACUCAACUAGAUUUAUAUUUCAAUCAGAGGUCAUGGAGUUCUUCAUCUGUUUCAGGAGAUUCUCCUGUUUGAUAAUUAAAUUUCAAGGCAUUAUGAUGUUAUAUUCUGUACUUCA